AUGUCUGUCACCACUUCUCGGCCGUCACCACGUUCGUCACUCGAGUUUUCCAUCAAUAAUACCAAUAGCGCCCAAUCUCACAUUCGUCCACAGCACCCUGCUCCUGUACAACCAACAUCGCAUCCCGCGACAGUACCAGUUCCAGCAUCAAACCACAACACUCCAAGUUCAGGUGGAGGUGGUGGAUAUUUCGGACUGGUGAUAGAUUCCGCCGACAACCAACCCAAUGCAACGAAUAAUUGGUCGUCCUCUGGCUCAUCAGUUAGGUCGACAGCAGCGCGAUCACCUCGUCCAGUCCAUCUUGACAAUGUCUCCACGUUAUUCCAAAAGCAGUCAGAGGCGAUAGCUAUGAGCCUCCAACUCAAUCGAACAAACAGUGUCAACGAUGCCGACUAUGCCUCCAGUGAACAUUUCGACGAUAGGAGUAGUUUUUCACCUCUAGCACCUGGGUCUUAUGUCAACCCUCUUAAUGUCCCCCCUACCCCCGAUGUCAACAGUGUCAACAAAGACCCAUUAAGCUCUUUAGGUGCAAUGGGUCAUAAUGCCAACUCAUCAACAAGACCAAGCAUCUUUAAUGGAACCUAUAUGGCAUCUCCAGUUUCAUUUGAGAGAGGUUUGAGUGCCUUUACACGGCCAAGUGAUAGUAAUCUUUCCCGUUUAUCGGCGCCUUCAAGCCCCCAACCUCCCAACCUGACAUUGACACUCCCCAACAUUGCCUUGCAGCGGAAGAAGAGUCACGGACGGUCAGCAACAUUACCAAACCCUUCCAAAGAGGGACAGCCUGUAUUUGUGUCAGCCUCAACACUUUCAGAUCUACUAGAGGGGAAAACUUCAAGCUUGUUAUUGUUGGACGUUCGAACAUAUAAGGUUUUUGCGCAAUCACGAAUCACAAAGGCCGUGAAUCUCUGCAUUCCUACGACAUUGUUGAAACGACCAUCUUUCAACGUCACUAAGUUGUCAGAGACCUUUGCAAAAGAAGAGGAUAAAGAAAGAUUUGCAAGAUGGAAAGAUAUGAAAUACAUUGUUGUAUACGACAGUGAAUCUCAGAAUGAUAAGGAUGCUGCGGCAUCUGCACCUUUACAUACGCUAAGUAAAUUUGUAAGGGAGGGUUGGAAGGGCCAGGCUUAUAUUCUGAAAGGUGGAUUCAACGAAUUCUCUAUGAAGCAUCCCGAAAAAAUCGACAAAUCACAACUUGUAGGCGCAACUUCACCAAAAAGUCUAUCGUUGACCGGCAAGUUUCCUGGCGCCCAGAAGGGUGUUGGUCCAUUAUAUUGUCCUAUGCCGACAUCUCAAAAAACUGUCGCGAACCCGUUUUUCUCAAACAUCCGGCAAAAUAUGGACCUGAUUGGCGGUGUUGGCGAAAUCCCAAUAACACUGCCGCAGAAUAUGGGGAAAGAUACGAUCAACGCCCUGCCAUCGUGGUUGAGGAACAUUGCCUUGGAUAAAAAUGCUUCAAAGAUCAUAGCGGAUAAAUUCUUGAGCUUGGAAAAAGCAGAGCAACGACGAAUGCAGGAUGCCCUCAACGUUUCAGUAGUAUACGAUUCCCCUCUAUCAACGACUGUAAAGCCACAUGUUCUUGCUGGUGUGGAGAAGGGAAACAAGAAUCGGUAUAACAACAUCUGGCCGUACGAUCAUGCCCGAGUAAAGUUGCAGGAUUACCCCGAUCAGGAAUGUGAUUAUGUCAACGCUAGUCAUGUUUCAACAAAAAACAGCUCGAAGCGUUAUAUUGCAUCUCAAGCUCCCUUACCUGCUACUUUCAGGGAUUUCUGGAGCAUGGUCUGGGAGCAGGAUGUUCGAGUUAUUGUCAUGUUGACUGCUGAAGAGGAAGGGGGACAAGUUAAGAGUCAUAGAUAUUGGGAAUCCAAAAAAUAUGGGCCUUUGAAACUGGCAUCGUUAUCGGAAGUCCGUGUUUCGCUUGACCCUUCAUAUUUGAAGGCUAGUCCGAAAAGACGCUCGACUGAGAGCCAUGCAAAUGGGCCCCCGCCUCUUGAUUCGAAUAUUCCUUUCGUCAUCGUAAGAAAGUUCACGCUCGAGCACAUGUCACAUCCAUUCUCGCCGAUGCGUGAGAUAACUCAACUCCAGUAUUCUUCUUGGCCGGAUUUCGGAGCCCCAGCACACCCGGCUCACAUCCUAGGGCUAAUUGAACAUACCGAUGCUGUAGUCAGAUCCAGCGGAACCACCGAUUCAUCUUCUUCGCCGUCACGGAGACCUGUCCUUGUGCAUUGCAGUGCCGGUUGUGGGCGGACAGGUGCCUUCUGCGCAAUAGAUUCAGUUAUAAGCAUGUUACAGAGCCAACGCCUAAAACAAAAGCGACUAUUACGUGAUGGGGGGGAUUCUUGUUCUGAUGGGGAAGGUCACGGAAGGAUGGGAAGAUUGGGUCUCAGCGAUUCUGAGGAGAAGAAUGGAGAUUGGUUAUUGAAGGACAACGAGGACUUGAUCUCUAAGGCUGUUGCGGAUCUUAGAGAUCAAAGAUUGUCGAUGGUACAAAGUUUGAGACAGUUUGUACUCUGUUACGAGACAGUUCUAGAGUGGUCAGUGAGACAGAACCCGAUUGAUUCGGGGAAAAGGAAGGCAUAG